UCACAUAAGUUUUUCUAUCUAUUAUCCAUCGUCAAUAUUAAUUCAAUAUUUACUCAAGUGCUGGGAAUAAUUGUAAACAUUUUCUUCUUCGAAGACAAAAACUUUUUUCCGUGAUAGCAUGUGACUCUCACAUUAUAUCAGUUUUGUAAUUGCCACAGAGAACUGUUCUCGAAAUUACCUUCAGCUGAAAACCAGUCACAGCCAAUAAUGAAUACUAAAGAAGGUACGAAUGUUACUUCUGAUUUGGAUAACACUAAAAUUUCUACUGACGAUGAUAGCAAAAAUCUAGAAAAGGAUGAUGCUUCUAUUUGCAAGAUUAAUGUAAACGACGAGCAAAUAACUACCUCUGAUCCGCUGCUAAACGAGACCAAGCCAUUGGAAAAGAAACUAAACGGUCAUGGUCGCCGACACUCAUCAUUCUUCAACAUUCCCGCACUUCAUGCACAAAAUGACGAUUCAUUUCGCGGUAAAUGUUUCCGUCUUAUUAAUUCAGUCAACUUUCAGAUUGUUGUGAUCGGCUUUGUAAUACUUGAUUGUAUUUUUAUAAUUGCGGAGCUAGUUAUUGAUCUCAGAAUAACAAAAGAUGAGAUGUGCGACAAAGUGACAUGUGAACCGAUUAAGACAGAUCACUCCUUAAGUUUGACGCUACAAUCGAUAAGCCUGGCCAUCCUCACAUUGUUCGUUAUCGAGCUGUUGUUCAAGCUCUACGUUCUUCGGUUGGACUUUUUUAAAUCAAAAAUGGAAAUAUUCGACUACACCAUUGUCGUAGUGUCGUGGUCGUUAGACAUUGUCUUCUUCCGACAUGACGAGCAUGCCAUGAAUCUGUUGAUCUUUCUGCGUAUGUGGCGGUUGGUUCGAAUAAUACAUGCCAUUGCUGUGUCGAUGCGAGCCCCCGUGGAGCAUCAAUUAGAACAGGAGAAAGAUGCCCAUCACGUCACCGAGGCAAGACUGGAUAAAUUGUUUAAUUAUACUAAAGAUCUCGAGAAAGAAGUUGAAGAGCUGAGAAAUUUAUUGAAGAAUUUCGUUGAUACUCUUCCGGCGACAAAUCAUAGAGGAAUUCCGAUGCCGACUUUCAGCAAAAAGAGUAAAUUAAGGAGCAGCAAAGAGGGAAAACUUAAAUAGUUUUUACUAAAUUUUACUGAUGUAUACAGAUCCAACAAAUUUUGUAUUUCUUUAAAAUGCAACACUUCGAAUUUCGAAAGACCAAAGACGACGGGACAUCUCUUGGUAACAUGAACUACAAGAAACAAAAAUAUGAAGUAAAAUGCAUUUAUAAUUGAAAUUACUGCUUAAUUGUAUGAUAAAUAUUGCUGUAAAUAGAAGAAAGCCC